UAAAGAAAUCCAACCAAAUAUAUUUAUUAGUACUGAAACCAAAAUAUUAAUCUCAAAAACUUUCGUACAAAGCAUUAAGUGAAAGUAAAAUGUAAUAUAGAAAACAUGGCUUGAUAUAAGUCGUAAUUGUGUGAUAUUCGGUGGCAUUUACGAUUCAUUAUUUCAUUUUAGAUGGACGCCACGCCUGUAGUGUAGUGCAGUUGGCUUAGUUUAAAUAUCUAAAAACCUAUAAAUACAAUAACAAUAAGGAUUAUGGACAAUAGCAAUGUACUUAAAUAAUUAUUGUAGUGCCUGAGUUCUGUGUGUAUAGUCAUCCAAAAUGGAACUUUUUCUAAUUUUAACCUGCGUGAGUGUGGGAUUUGCGUAUGAUAAAGCAUCGUUCUAUGGAGCGAGCUACAUUUCAUACCCACUACAGGAAGCAAAAGGCGUCACUGAUAUGAGUUUUCGGUUCCGCACUCAUCUGUCUGAUGCUCUACUGCUUCUCGCUGCUGGCAAAACCGACUAUUGCAUGAUACGUUUGGAAAGUGGAAGACUGAAACUGCACAUCAACCUUGGUGCAGGUGAGAGUGAGCUCUCAUCUCCAAAAGGGAUACAUUUGAAUGACACACAGUGGCACCAUGUCAGCAUAAUCCGACGAGAAGCCAACCUUACUAUGAAGGUUGACGAAACAGCAGUGAAGAAAAGACUGCCGGGCCGUUUUUUCGAGUUGAACAUCCACUUUGGAAUAUUCCUGGGUGGCCAAGGCGAUUUUUCGGAGUUGUUUUUGGGACACAUGGAGAAUUUCCGCGGCUGCAUGGAAGAUGUUUACUACAACGGUGUUAAGAUUAUAGAGAAGGCCCGAAGUCGAUCGGGCUCAGUCCACGUAGAAGGCGUAACUUGGAACUGUGCGCCGGAAUUCGAUGCCGACCUCAAUUCUGACAUUAGCUUUGUUGAUGAAGGCGCUUAUCUUAUACUGCCGAGAAUCAAUUCAAGAGCUGGGGGAAAAUGGCAGAUAGAAUUUAAAACAAUAGCGCAGAAUGCAAUAAUUCUUUACAAUGCCGGCGGUGGUCGGGGGUCGGAUUUCCUGGCUGUUGAAAUAUUGGAAGGUGUAGUGCGCGUCAAAAUGGCACGAGGUCAAAUUGUACACACUGUGAGAGUCAACGACGGACAGUGGCAUAAGAUGCAUCUGUCAUUCUACCCUUCUAUGAUCGAGCUCUCCGUGGAUAAUAUAGCAAUGCAUACGCGGAUCGAAAGCGGGGGUACACGGUACUUAGAUUUAUCAGAUUCCUUCUACCUCGGUGGCAUAGAGAGUGAGAAGCAACAGAGAGCCUUUACCAAAGGAAUCAAAGCGGCUGAUUCUAGUAUCAUGGGCUGCAUUAAACCGAUAGAAGUGGACGAAAAAGUCUAUGGUCUUCCAAAUGCUGUAGUUACUUACGGCGUAAGUCCUAAGUGUGUUUGGUGGUAUCCCUGUCACUCGAGCCCCGGCAAUCCGCCAUGUGUCCCUCAAGGGGUUUGUGAACAGCAUGGUGUUGACCACUUCACCUGCAAAUGUGACUCCGAUCUGUGCAUCAAUCCGGAUUAUGCUGAGAAGUAUAAGGUAUUCUCAAAAUCGAGCAGUGAACUAGAACUGGUAGCACUGUUCCCGCUCACCGUUCAAGAGGGUGGCGUCACAGUAAUCACCACACAGAACAUAGACGUGAUUCUAGAUCACCACAAGUAUGGAGUACGACCUUCAGGAGUUGUGUUGCACGUCGCUCAGUCGCCACAACAUGGACGGAUAGCUAUCGAUCUCUCGUUGCAACGGAACUCGCAACAGUACAACUUUAUAGAAGGGGAGACCAAGUCUAAACAGUUCUUUACUCUGCUUGACUUGUCAAGAGAUAAGGUUCGCUACGUUCACGACGGCUCCGAAAAUCAUCAAGACGCGAUUGUACUCGACAUGGAACUGAUCCCAGAGACAAAGUUCACGCUGCCAAGUUACCUGCAAGGAAGAAACACAUUCGUUCUACAUGUCAAUGUCACUCCGGUCAAUGACCCGCCCGUACUAAACCUACUGCCGGGGAAAGUUUUGAGACUUACUCAGGGCACUCGAAAAGUGAUUACAUCUGACAUAUUGAAAGCUGAGGAUCCAGAUACGGCUCCCGAAGAUCUGCUGUAUACUGUACUGCAUAGCAAGAAUGAAGCUAACAGUGGCCAUAUAGAAAUGUCGGGACAACCAGUGGACUCGUUCACGCAACAAGACAUAGACUCCGGGGUGAUAUCUUAUGUGCAUGGGUCUACUAGUGACAAACAGCUCAACAAAACUUCGCUCAGGUUGACUUUACAAGUAUCAGACGGCAUAGAAACGAGUGGUCCCGGUAUCCUACGUAUUUCGGUAGUGCCACUUCAAGUGCGUCUCGUCAACAAUACGGGACUGCAAUUGGUACAUAACUCCUAUGCCAUCAUUUCGGCUGAUAACCUCACUUUCACUACCAAUGCUGAUGAAACCAAUGUGCAAGUCAAGUACGACAUAGUAAAACCGCCACAGUUUGGCGUUGUGGAACGGCUUCGAGUUUUGGAUGGUACUUGGCAAACCGUUGACUCAUUUACCAGCGAAAUGGUCACUUUUGGCCGUGUACGAUAUAUGCAUCUACUGGGAAACCCAUCACAUGACGAGUUUAAGUUCAAAGCUUCGGUUGGCUCAAUACGAACGAACACACUCUACGACUUCCGAUUGACAUUUAUAAAACUCGAACUGUAUCAAUCAGUGAACGAAGAACUUGUGCUGAACAAUACGAGGGAGGCGUUCAUAUCGUGUCAACAUCUAACAUUUAAAACUAACCCGCUAACAUUACCGAGCGACCGUAUCGUCUACACGAUAUUGAGACCACCUAAAUACGGCAUUCUACACUUAUCCUCAGGAAAGCAUCAUUUGCAAGUGCACAGUACUUUCACCCAACAGCAUAUCGACACCGAUCAAUUGUGGUAUCGAUUACACAGGAGAGCGUACUCGCAUAUACAAGACGAGUUUACCUUCGUUGUGGGGGCGACAGAAUGUGAAAAUAUCACCGGCGUUAUGACAAUACGACACACCCCGGGUACACUGACUUCAGAUCGAAUAGAAGGCAGAGUUCACACAACAUUAGAACGCCUACAAGUUACAGAAGGAUCAAGAAUGGUUAUUCCAGCUACACAUCUCAAUUUCCGCACAGAUGCAGUCACCAAUUUAAUUUUUAACAUCACACAUCUGCCAAAGCACGGUAAAAUAGAAGUGAUAAACGAUGUGCUUAAAACGAUGCGAGAUAAUACUACCUACUUUACGUUAGAGGAACUGAAUUCAGAUCGUGUAUACUAUGCUCACGAUGACUCAGAAAGUCGACACGAUUCCUUCCAUUUCAUGGCUUUAAGUCCAGAACCUGAAGAUUUUCAGUAUGUGGGAGUGUUUCACAUCGAUAUAAUAUUGAAGAACGACAAUAGUCCCGUGCGGGCGAAUGAUAACGUAUUUCAUAUAGUGCACGGUGGGGCUAGACUCAUAACUGCUAGAGACCUAAGCUAUACUGAUGCAGACUUGGAUACCAAGCCUUCCGAUAUCAUUUAUACUGUCCAAAGGUAUAUCAAGGAUCCUCCAAAUGGUGGAAUAUUUCGAGCUGACAAUCCUUCUGAACAAAUAGCACAGUUCUCUCAGGACGAUAUUAAUAAGAACUUGGUGUUGUUCAAGCAUCAGGGCAAAGAGUACGGGAAAAUGGCUUUCUGGAUAUCAGAUGGGCUGUUUGAUGUUAACGGCAAUUUGGAGAUACAGGCAUCACCUCCGUUUAUAAGGAUGUAUCCGACUAAUGGUUCUAUUGUAGAGAAUGGCAAAGCUGUUGUUAUUACUUCCAGAGAUAUGCAGGUUGACACAAAUAUGAACUGUUUGGAAGAAGACAUUCGCUACGAAGUGAACUUGGAACCGAAACACGGUACCAUAGAGGUUGGGGAAGGUCAAGGGGCGUUUACAUUUACCCAGCUGGAUGUGGCAGCUGGCAGAGUUUCAUACAGACAUAGGGAACCAAAGACCCCUACUGAUCAGUUCAGGUUCAAAGUGAUGUGCCUUGACACGUGGGGUGAGGGUGUAUACGUCAUUAAAAUAUUUCCGUCCAGCUACUGGGAGCCUCUUCGAGUGACCACGAACUUGCCGCUUGUUGUUGAAGAAUCUACUAGUGUUAAUGUUACUAAGGAUAUUUUGGAGGUGAUGCAUCCUCAAAUCGAGCCAUCAAACAUAGUUUACCAAGUAACAGACGGGCCGUACCACGGAUGGCUCGAAAUCACUUCCACACCCGGCACCCUCGAACUAGAAAACUACAACGAAGAGCCAGUCCAUAUCAAAGUGUUUGACCAAUCGGUCAUUAACGCGAACCGUCUAGUUUACGUUCAGUCAGGAGUCAACAGAACUAGGGACAGGAUCCGAAUGGACGUCACUAAUGGAAUAGUAUGGCUUAGAGACGUUGAACUUAACGUUGUAAUAAUCCCCGAACAUUUCUACGUCCACGCAAUAAAUUUGACCGUCGUAGAAGGCGAAGCAGUAAGCAUAAAGCCCGAUGUAUUCAGAACGGUCACAGAGUAUUAUAGAGGAAAAGUUGUGGCGUACAAAGUGAUUGAGAAACCGAAAUUUGGGAAGAUCGUGAUGACUGAUCAGGAACUCAACUUGUUGCCGGUCCUCAAACUCAAUUCUGGUAACAUUCAGUACAUAAACGACGGAUCAGAAGAAUCGAUGGACUCGUUCAAAGUUAUCGCCGUGACGGAAAGCAGUAAGGAGAGCGAGCCUUUCUUCGUGCACAUUAACAUUAUGCCCGUGAACGAUGAACCACCUAUAGUGGCCGCUAACACUGGUCUGUGCGUGUGGGAGGGAGGCACUUUUACGUUUACCACUAAAGAACUAUAUGUGAAUGAUAUCGAUACGCCUCCCGAGAACGUGACGGUGCGAAUAGUGGACAUCUUGUCUGGAUACAUUGCGUUACAAGGACAUCUCGAUACCGCGGUACAGCACUUCACUCAAGCAGAUAUCGAUAAUGGAAAAGUAGUGUUUGUUCAUAAAAACGGCACAAAAGGCAAGAUGAUCUUCAACGUCACAGACGGGCUACACGAACUCUCCAAAAUCACGUUCCUGAUCACGACCAAGUCAGUCUCCCUGAAACUGACGAGGAAGCACAAGCUGCGAGUAUUCCCGCUAAUGAGAGAGCCUUUGAACAACUACAUGCUCAUGUCAAAGUGCUCUGACCCCACAAGAACUAUUAUAUACAAGAUAGAAAGAGCGCCAACGCUCGGUAGACUCGUCAUGCUGAACGGUGAAAAUCACCACAGAUCUAUAAAGCAAUUCACGCAACAAGAUGUGAACAACACAGUCGUCUUCUACGAACACACGCAUCCAUUCUCAGAUCUGUACACGAACGAUUCCUUCAUAUUCACAGUCGAAGCCCCAUUAGCUAAACCACUCACAGAUCAAAUCUUUAACAUAGAUAUAUCUGUGUCCUCCGGCGGGCUUGCUAAGUACGUCCAGAUACCCGUGAUUAAAGUAGAAGAAGGAGAUAAAGUGCCUAUUAAAGUUAAUGUUAGUAAUGUUAUUACGUACUUAGAAACUCAAGCUGGGCUGAGGCAGCCACAAAUUGAAGCGCAGUGGUCCCAGCCUUCACAUGGUGAACUAAAACCUUUUAUGUCUUCGUUGACUCAGUCGCAAAUUGAAAGCGGCGUCGUCAAUUACGAGCACGAUGAUUCUGACACGACGCAGGACAAAAUUGACAUGUCCCUGUACUUGCUACCUGAUUACGUUCUGUUGUGUAACGUUACUAUUGUCAUACACAUAAUCCCAGUAAAUGAUCAGCCGUUUAGAUUGUUGACUGAUACUCCGCAAAUACAAGUGGUGCAAGGUGAGAACUAUACUAUCACUAAAAAUGAUCUGCUCACCGAAGAUGCUGACACGGGACCUUCAGGGAUUCUGUACGACAUAAUCAGCGGACCAACGCAAGGCAGGAUGGUGAUGUUAGAUAAAAAUCAAACCAUUGACGAGGCGCAUUCGAUCAACAAGUUUACCCAAGACGACAUAAAUAACGGCAGAGUGAUAUACGAACACUCGGGUAUGCUGCAGACAGCUACGUUCUACUUCAGAGUGUGGGACGGGCAGUUCAAGCCUACAUACACAGUGUUCACUAUAGAUGUCAUACCUGUUAUUCUGAAUGCGACGUCAUUGCACCCUAUUCACCUGCAGCAAGGCUCAAAUGUGGCGGCGGUUACUACAGACCAGAUAUACGUGGACACGAAUGCUAAGACGUCAAAAGUUCUAUAUAACAUCACUCGGCAGCCUCUGCACGGUAUGAUAUACGUCGGUAGGAAUCCAGUAUCGUACUUCACGCACAAGGACUUGAUGGAGAAAGUUGUGAUAUACAUGCAAAACGAUAUGACGACGGCUAAUGACAGCUUCGAUUUAAUAGCUUACGUUCACAACAGCAAUGCAACUCGACCGUUCGCAAUAGAAGUUAUCGUACAACCGUUGAUGACGUUAGGCGAUUUGCGUGUAGAAGUAGAAAAGGCUAGGAUUACAUUGAAUACAAUGGAUGCGACUGGCCUAGCGAAACUGACGGCAAGCGAUCCCGUGUAUACUUUAUUGAGGAAGCCUCGCUUUGGGACCCUGAAGAAGAUAAUACGAAGUUCGGGAGAGAAAACAAGUGCUAGGGAGAGAGAAGUAGCAUAUUUCACCCACGAGGAUGUGAAAGCCGGUGUAAUAUACUUCGUGACGAAGAAGAAAGUGAGUGAGCUGAAUGGUUAUGAAGACAGCUUCAGGUUUUUGCUGGCGGCGACCAUUUUCCAGCCCGCAGUCAGUGACGUGAAAGUUUUCAUAGGAAACAGACAGAAGAAGAAUCUACCAGGUCCGAAUGAUCCUGAGAGUCAUGAAGGCGUUCCAGUAGCAAACGGCGACACAGCCUCAUACUACAUGAUGAUCCUCAUGGCUCUAUCGGGGACAGUUCUUGCCAUCAUCGUGAUCUUCGGGCUGCUGAAGUGUAGGAGAUACCUCAUGAGGGAUCAGAACGCCUUGGUGAAGAUACACGGGCAGAGUCAGGGCGCAGUCGCUCCUAUACCGCUGCCGAGGCCGCCUGAUCACCUCAUGCCGUCACCUUCGCAAGGCACGCCGCCUAUAAAACGCUACGUGUCAUCAGACCAGUCAGUGCACACUGGUGCGAGUACACCGCUGCCGUCGGCCGGCAGUGUCGCGUGCAAGGUGACGCCGCUCGCCGACGCCACGCUGCCAGACCUCAACGCGAGGUACCCUUACGGCACCGAUGAUCAUACCGAUGCCGAAGACUGGAGUAGUUACGAGGCGAGUGAAUCCGCGUACCCCGUGAGAGCGCCGGGCGUCGCGCCGGCGAACCCCAUGCUCCGGCGCAACCAAUACUGGGUCUGACCCAAGGACACGUUUACAUUGCCGAGGAUGCCUAAGCCAGUGAUGGUAACAGCACACGAUAAAACCGUGACGCUGGGCCGUCGCCUGCGGCGUCGCGGCGUCGACUUAGUUCCUACGCCUUUUCUACUCAGCAACUACACGGGGAAAUACGAGAGUUGCGAAAUUACCCUUUAGACAAGUACUUAAUACAGUCCGACAUUUAGACAAGUUGUGCGUAUAUUACGGGCCUUUACAAUAUUAUCUUUGAACUCAAAGUUUAGUUGAUGUCUCGGAUGAUAGGCAACUGUUUUAUAUUGCAAAGAUAGACCGGGUAUUUUUAAUUUAAUAAACGAGGAAUUUGGAGAAUAUUAACGAUUUUCUUUGUUUAUAAUUUUUCGUCUUAAAUGAAUUCUUAAACUAUUCUUUGAGUUCAUAGAAUAGCGCAUUUAGUCGUUGGAUGUUUGUCUCUAGGCAAUAAAUAUGUUAUCGUUACGUCAUCGACUGAUCACACCACGUCAUUGGCAAUAAUACAUUAGAUAUACAUAAUAAGUACUUAAGUAAAUUACUGGAUGAAAUUUUGGUACUCAUCAUAAAAGUUUUUUAAAACACCCUGUAAUUGUAUACAUGUAGUUUGUCUAGUUCAAUCAGCCGAUGUAGCAGAAUUUGCCUUCUGUAUGUAAUAUCUAGAUUUUAAGGUGGAAUAUUUUUUUAAUACAAAGGAUUUGCGCCGUCAUACAACUCGUGUGUGUGAAGUACUUAUUUUUUGUGAAUUUGUACCAGUUCAGUGGUAUUGCCAUUUUUUUUUCUUGCCAGUUUAUGUUAGUUGAAACUGAUAUUCCGAAAUGUUCAUUCUGUGAUCCAAAAAUAAUUUGAUUGUCAUUUUUUUAAGCAUUUUUGUUGAAGACAUGUGUAAUUAUCUAGGUUAGCAAUAAAAUGACAAAAUUGUGUGAAGCCCAGAAUAUUCAAGUUUAAGAUAGAUAAAGCCGUAUUAUUUGUGGCCACAUCCGUGUAACAAAUAUGUCUAAAUGGCUGAAAUAAAGAAUAUUCAUUGAAUAGUACGGUUUUAUAGAUCUUAAUAUGUACUAUAACAAUACACAGGCAUCUAUUACUUAUAGCCUAAGAACUGCCGAAUCAUCUCAAAACUGAAGGGACAACCGUAACAUGCCUUUUAAAAUUUUAUUUUUUUAACAGACGUCCGUGAAACACGGUUCGUCGUAAAAACAUUAUUCGGGUGGUUCAACAGCUCUAUAGCUAUACAGUUUAGUGCUGGCUUGUACAACUGCUCACUAAACAUCCCACAGCCAUGUAAUUGUAUUUUAAUUUUCAAUAAGUUUAGUUUGCAUUUAGUAAGGUACCAACUGGUACAAUAAGCCAUUAUCAGUCAAUAACACUGAAAACUUGAUACAUUCUGUGAGAUACACAUUGAGAUUUAUUCUUAUUUAUUUAAAACGAAAGCCGAGAGUGAAGAUAUUGUAGUGUAGAUAACGAGACAACAUAAGAACUAAUAAUUAUUUUUACAUAAUAUACAAUAAAUGUGCCUGAUGACAUUCACUCAAGCUAAUACCAAAUUAUAUUCUAUGCCAGAUAUGGGAGAUAAAGGAGUAUAUUUUAUUGCAUUUCUUAGACGUUAUACGACAUUUUAGGAGGGAAAUAUUUUAGAAUAAUUACUGAUUUUAGAUUAGCGAAUAUUUUUAACACCAUUUAUUAUAAAAAUAUGAAGAAUACGUGGAGUAUUCGUCAUCAUUUACUGUAUGAUUUACAUAUUCCAUAUAUUUUGUCUAUAACGAAUAUGACACCAAUGUUUAGAGCGCUAACCUUGAAAUGGUGUUCUAUUUCUGAGCUCGACAAAAUCAAGAUCUUUUUGCUGACCGUUUCACUCACAAAUUAUGCCAAAAUAAGUGCCAACAAGCAUUUUAAUAUAAAAUAACUAAAUCUAAGCCUCAUUUAUCAUUUGUUAGAAAAUUUAGAUUAAUUUUAUUAAUAUAGAAUUUAUUAGCAAUUAACAUUUAAUUUUAAGUAUACCUAAUUAAUUUAUAAGUUAAUGAUGUUACUAUAGAUUUCUAACUGAUGUUAUAAGGUUAUAAUUUAAUCAUGUACUUGUGUACUUGUGCCAAUAUAGCAGGGGUGGUCAACUGGUCUGUCAACACAUUUACGAUUUUCAGGCGAAAUCUAGUGCGGUUGACUCAUCUUUGUAAUUUUCUAAAUACCUAUUUGGUUAGUAAAUUCAUGUCUUUUAGGGUUCUAAAUUCGUAUUUUUUUCCUUUCUAUUGUUUUCUGAUCAAGACCCACUAACGACUAGUUGGACACGCCUGCAAUAUACAUUAUUCUGUACUUAAUUACUUCAUAACAAACUCAUGCCCUAAGGUCCUACUAAGCAGUUUCUAGGCUGACUUGCGCGACGCAUUUAUUUUUUCGCGAUUAUUUUAUCUCCUCAUUGUUGUCUUGAUACUUAGUAUUAUCAGUUACUAUAUGAAAAAGUCAUUAUUCACUUUAUCCAUUUAGUUGUCGGGAAAGAAGUU